AUGGGCUCCGACACUAUCCACCUCGCCAGCACGGCUGCGACGCACCCCACCUUCCACCUCUUCGGCCAUGAGAUCGUCAUCGACGUCCCCCUGCCGACGUUCAUCCUCGCUCUCGUUGGUGCCGCGGUCCUCGGUCGCUUCGCCUGGUCGUGGAUCCGCUUCAUCGCCGAGCUCACCGUUGUCCCGGGCAUGAGCUUCAAGUCUCGCUCGACCAAGACCUACGCCCUUGUGACUGGCUGCACCUCCGGCAUCGGCCUCGAGUUCGCGCGCCAGCUCGCCGCCAAGGGCUACGGUCUCAUCCUCGUCGGCCGUCGCCAGGGUGCCCUCGACGAGCUUGCCGCCGAGCUCCAAGCCAAGUACAAGGUUCCCUCGAAGACCGUCAUUGCCGACGCGGCGGACGCUGCCGGUCUUCACGCUGCCGUUGCCCGUGUCGCUGCUGUCGCGUCUGAGGUCGACCUCGGUGUUCUCGUCAACAACGUUGGCGCGUCGCACGAGAUGCCCGUCGCGUUCGCCGAGACUGCCCCCUCGGAGAUUGACCAGAUUAUCCAGACCAACGUCUCGUGGACGCUCCAGCUCACUCGCGCCCUUCUCCCCGGCAUGAUCCAGCGCUCCGCUAAGGGCGGACCGAAGUCGCUCGUGCUCAACCUCGGCUCCAUGUCGGGCCGUAUCCCCUCGUCGCUCCUCGCCACUUACUCGGGCACCAAGGCCGGCCUGCAGACGUGGAACACGGCGCUCGCGACCGAGGUCGAGCCCAAGGGCGUCAUUGUGCGCAUGAUCCUCCCCGCCUUCGUCGUCAGCAACAUGUCCAAGAUCCGCCGCGCCUCGCUCACCGUCCCCACCGCCCGCGACUAUGUCAAGUCGACCCUCAGCUCGAUCGGCCUCGCCCGCGGAGCCCAGGGACGCCCCUACACCUCGACGCCGUACCCCUCGCACGCUGUUCUCGACUAUGUCGUCUCCCUCUUUGGUUACUUCACUGAGAACAUUGGCGUCAAGGUCAUUGACGGCAUGCACAAGAGCAUCCGCGCCCGCGCCCUCAGGAAGAAGCAGCGCGAGGCUGGCAAGAAGCAGGAAUCUUCUCCCCAUGCCUAUCCACCUUCGGUCCUGCUUCUGCUCAUCGAGCGCCUUUCCUUCCUCCCCACCUCUCAUCCUGAGACUGCGUCCGUCUCGGCGUUGUACACGGCGAGGAGCGGAAUAGACACUGUUCCUAGUGUCCGCGCUGGCCAUGACAUUGUUUGCGUCCCCGCGGGGCGCGAGCUAUGCUUAGGCACUCGGCGGCUCUGGCGUAUCCGUCGGCUGUCCCUUCUCCCUCCUCCGGAGCAGGCCCAUGAUGAGACUCAUGCCCUCGCGUGCGCGAUCCGUGUUGCCCGGGAGCUUGUUUGCCCCGUAGCUCUCGAUCUUGUCGCGGAUCAACUUGCCCCAGCUACCGCCGAACUGCGAGCGAACUUCGGCUGUGGUGUGGUGAAGUGUGGUUCUGCAUGUUAG